GGUAAUAUCUUCCCUUUUGCCUAGUAGGGUUGUUUAUUCCUCUAUUUGAUCACUCACUCAGUGAAUAUUUAUGGCAAAGUUGUUUGGUAUGGCUGGAGAAGCAAAAGCAAUCGGAUCAGUGAAAGUACUUUGAAAAUGAGUGGUAGUACCGAAAUGGGAGGCCUUGACGUUAUUAUUGCAAGAGACUAAUGUGGUAGUUAUUAGUGUUGUUCACCAAAUAUUUCUGGAUCUCCUCCCUCCAGGCACUUGGUGACAUUCUGCUUCCUGGCCCCACUGUGGUUGGGUGGGCCACAUCACUAGGUCUGACCAAUGAGUGGUACCUGGUAUUGUCAUUAUGCCAAGAGCCUUAAACUCUUAGGCUAAAAGUUUUACGUGUGUCACUUUUGGACUAGAGCAUUUAAUUGCUGGUUUGAGCCCCUCCAGAACUGUCUUGUCCUCUGCCAUGGUCACUGGUGAACUUUCAGAUGGUGGCUGCCCCAUCAGCCUGGGUCCCAUAGUGAGGAAAAUGUUGACCCCAAGGUGACUGGCUGUGAACAAGUAACAUGAGCCAGAAGAACACUAUUGUUUUAAGACUUGGAGGCGUUUUGUUCCUGUAGAGUAACUUAUUCUAUCUUGAUAGAGACAACCGAAUUAAUCAACCAAUGAACUGUCUCAUCAACAAGUAAUUCCUAUGACUAUGCUUUUCUUUCCCUCAGCGGCUGGUUAAGUGCGAGGUCAUUUUUAAAGAUGCAGCAGAAUUCAGACAAGGGAAUAACUGCUAAUGUCAUACUCAGAUACUAUUUCAAUCGCCUUACAAGGUUGCAGCCUCUUCACUUGUAUUCCGUGUGCCUGUUGGUUGGAUUGUUCUCCCUUGUUCCUUGGGGACCUGUCUGGGAAGUGCCCAAGUUCCACCUGGAUAACUGCCGGCAAGCAUGGUGGACAAAUUUGCUGCUGCUAAAUAAUUUCCUGUCGGUUCAGAAUGCGUGCAACGGCUGGACGUGGUACCUCGCCAAUGACUUUCAGUUCCAUCUCACGACACCAGCGAUCAUCUUCAUCUAUGGAAAAAGUAAACAUGUCCUCAUCCUCCUCGGGGCCGUGCUGUUCUUGGCGUCCUUCACUGCCACUGCUCUGCUCACACUGGCUUAUGACCUUCCGGUGGCAGCUCCAUCAGAAGCAAGUGAAAAUGUGGCUGUGUUAUAUUUCUUGGAGUACUACUCUAAGCCCUACUGCCGAUGUGGGCCAUUCCUCGUGGGCCUCUUUCUGAGCAUUUUCAUGCACCAAAAUCGCCAGGCAAACAUUCUCAAGACCAAGGUGCAGGCUCUGCUGGGGUGGAUUUGCUCCCUGUCAACCCUGUUCGCAGUGGUCGCUCUGGCGUACGCAGUGGACGACACCUCGGCCACCUCUUCAGCUGCCACCGCUGCCUACCAGGCACUCCACCGGACCCUGUGGGCGGCAGCUGUGGGCUGGGUCGUGUUUGCUUGUCAGGAAGGCUAUGGAGGUCUGGUAAACCAGCUGCUUUCUUGCAAUAUCUGGAGUUUCCUGGCCAGCAUCAGUUACGCUUGCUACCUGGUGCACCCCAUCAUCAUCAUCCUCUACAACGGACUUCAGGAAAUGCUUAUUCACUACACCGACACCAACAUGUUCUAUCUUUUCUCUGGACACUGUUUGCUGACUUUCAUCGCUGGGCUGGCCCUGACGCUGUUCAUUGAGAAACCAUCUCAGGAACUGAAGGGGUGCCUUCUGGGAUCGACACCUGUGGGGCCAUGAAUGGUCAGGUAAAGCCCGGAAGAAUGGAUGGCCCCUUGUUGGUGGUGAUGAGCCAAAGCUGGGGUGGCCUCGUGUAGGUAACAAACACUUGUGUUCCUCAAAAGGGGUGAAUCUGAUUCUGUGAAUGUUUAAGAUGGACAAGUUCUCUGUGUUUAGUAUAUAAAAGAGUCCUGAGUGUUUACUAUAAAAAAGAGUUCUGUGAUAAUCUUUUUAGUAGCAUAAUAAUGACCCUCUGAUGUACCUUUUUAGAAAAAAAAUCUGGAUAUUUUCGGUCUUAUCCUGUAUUUAUUUUCUAUAUUAAUGAUCAUAGGAAAACAUCAAAUGUAGUGAAUUUAAUGUAAUUUGGGUUACAAUGUUCAUUUUCCUCGUUAAAAUCACAGUAUGUAGUUUUCCAUAUCAUAAUUGUUUCUGUGUUAUUAUGAUACCUUUGUAGAUUGGUAAUUGUGUCUUGGACCCUCAGGGUGGUAAGACCCACUAGGGAGCACACUUCAUGGGUUUGUCAUUACAAGCCUUCUAAACAUCAUCUUUUCGACGAUGUGGUCCCUGUUAUAGUUUGAAUUGUAGCCCACCAAAAGAUAUGAAGUCCUAAUCCCACUAGUAUCUUGGGAUGUGACCUUAUUUGGUGAUAGGGUCUUUACAGAGGUAAUCAAGUUGAAAUGUUGGGGGUUUGUGUGUGGCCCUAAUCCAAUAUGACUGUGUCCUUAUAAAAAGGGGAAAUCUGGCCACAGAGACAGAUAUGCACAGAGGGAAGACACACAGGGAGAAGACGGCCAUCUACAAGCCUAAGAAUACCAAGGAUUGCCGGUAAACAGCAGAAGCUAGAAGAAGCAAGGAAGGAUUCUCCCCAAGAGCCUCAGAGAGAGCACGGCCCUGCUGACAGCUUGAUUUAGGACUUCUAGCCUCCAGAGCAGUGAGGUGACACGCUUCUGUUGUUUCGAGCCAGCCAGUUGUGGUUCUUUGUUAUUGCAGCCCCGGCAAACUAAAAUAGUCCCUCAACCAAAACUCCCAACGGAGAAGGAAGAGACCCUCGCGAGUGGCUUCACUCCCGACUCCUUCAGUUUCCAGCAGUGAGGCCUAGCGAUGGGGAGAGAUUUGCAAGGCCAAAUGGAGAAUCUGGAUGUCCAGGUUCUCAGGCUUGUGCUCCUUCCUGGGAGUGUAAUUUCAUGUUAACCAUCCCCACCUAGACGUAAGCAUAUGUCUAACAUGCUUAUAAUGACGCUCUAUGAACUUAAUAAUUGAAGGGUUUAUUGACAAUCAGGGGGUUCCAAAGAUCUUAGCAUGGAGUUCUCCCCAUCUGAGUAUGCUCUCUUUGCCUUCAAGUGGAUCUGCAAGGAAGACCACUGAGGGGUUGAGGGGGGAGCUGCAAAUAUAAAAUCCUUUGACAGGGCAACUGACAGCUCACUGUGUCCUUUUCCUGCCAAUCUUGGGCAACAAGCCACAAUUGCCUGAGGUCUAUUCUUUUCUGCUGGCAGAAUGCAACCUAAUGUGAUUAGUCUGUAUAUAAUAAAAUGCACCAAGUUGGCUUUUUGGGUAACUCCGAAAUUCAUCGAGUUCCUCGGGAGCCCUCUGGUGGCUGAUUCAGCACCUGAACUCUGACUUAAUUAGGCCUCAGAGGAGAUCCCGAGGGCAGGUGCCUCUUACAGGAGGAACACUGCAAUCCGGAUGGACCCCGCUGGGAAAUAACUCACCUGCCAACAUUGCUGGGCAGUCAAAUUGCCUAGUGCUUCUGGUUAUGAGGCUAGAAACAUGAGGGCCUUGGAAAUAGCUUGCCAAUUACUAACAUAACCUUUGAAACUUUUUUAAUAAGGAAAAAAAUACUCUCCCCAGUUUUGCAAUUUCAUAAAACAUAAGAUAGGGAUAGAGAAGUCCAAUUUUGUUCUGGCUUUUGUUUCAACCAUAAUUCCCAGAAGUUUAAGAUUUAUAGAAUGCAUGGACAGUAUUUGGAUCCUGAAACAAAGUGUAAAAAAAAAGUAUAUGACAUUUAUGAGACAAUUGGAAAUUUGAGUACUGCCUGGGUUUGAUGAUAUUAAGGACUUACUAAUUUUUUUAAGUGAUAAUGGUAUUAUGUGUUAUGUUUCUUUUUUUUAAAGAGUCCUUAUCUGUUAGAUGCAUCCGGAAAUAUUUAUGGACAAAAAUGAUAUAAAAUCAGGUAUUUACCUCAAAAUAGUAUGAGGAGGAAGUGGGAGAGAUGAAACAAGAUUGGCCAUGUAGUGAUAAUUUUUGAAGCUUGGGUGAUGGUACACGGAGCCUCAUUAUACUGUGUUCUUCAUUUUUGUAUAUGCUUGAAGUUUCUAUAAUAAUAAAGUCAAAUGAAUUUGUCGAGGCAGCAGGAUCAGAGUAGAAUAAUCGUCAACUGAUGGGUGCCUCCUCUGAUUGUUCCUAAGUCCUGAAGUCCAUGUUUCAUCCCCAUGUACCAACCUGUGGAUAAAAAUAGGUCACAUCAACAGUAGAGCAUCAUCCCCAGGGGAUCUAAAGGAACUCCAGCUCUCCUUAAAUUCCUCCUGCCUGGUCUUGGGAGAGUCCAGGGAUAUCUUGCUUGUUUUGUGAAAGGCUGGACUCUGCUAUUUCCUUUUUUAUGGAGCUGCUGCACCUCUGCCCUGCCAUCAGAGCUACUGAGAGCUGCUGGCAGGGCUCAGUGCCCCCUACACCCACUCACGUGCCCACUCCACCUCCAGAGCAUGCCUCCUCCUCCUGUGACUUCUUUGAGCAGGAUGUGGGCUGAGCUGGCUUGAUACUUGGGCCACUGUGUCCAUUCAGAGCACAAAUGGUCUCUACAAAUGCCACGUGGAGAUAAAUCCCCUCUGCCCCCACUCGUGUCAUCCGUGCUUUCUCAUCCAGGCUCUGAUGCAGUGCUGCUGGGUGCUCAUUGUGUUUUUAUAGAAACUACUCUUGCAGAUUUUCCUCAUCCUAAUACAGGUCCAUCUCCCUUGGAUGCACUGUGUCUGUGGGUGCUGGCAUGGAGGGUGACCUGAGUGACAAUUGCUUCUCCUCUACAUUUGUCCUGUUCUCUAUGUCUCCAGCCCUUACCACCAUGACUGACACAUGUAGGUGUUAAAUAAAUUUCAGCUGACAUAGUGAUGGAAUCAACCCUUUCUUCCUUUAGAAGAGUUCUGUUUCAGGAAGCUGCUCAUACAGAUGGGCAGGCCCCUCUCAACGAGGUCUCAGAUAUGCUCAAUUUUUAUAAGAAUCUAUCACCCAAACUGCCCAACCAGGCACCUUUCCGGUGAAGCUUGAGGUUGCGAAGCCCCAGGGCACUUGAAGGGUGAGAAGUGUUUAGAACUUUAGCUCUUAGUCCCUAAGUGGGAUUUAAAUCAGUGAUGGGCUUAUACUGGCUGAGAGGCAGCCGCUUUUGGUGGCCUACCCACAUUACUGUCCCCUCCUGUCUUGCUAAACAAAUUCUAAUGUUGUUCCAGUAUCAAUAUGCCUAGACAGAGGGAAAGACUCAUUUUUGGUGUAAGCCAGUUUUGGCAUCCUCUGUGCUUUUGCCAAUGAUUGGUCCAAGUAUGGUUAUGUGACCCAGCUCCGACCAAUGAGACCUAAGGAGAAGUGUGCUGGGGACUUCUGGGAAAGACUGUCUUCACUGAAGGAGGGAGCAGUGGGCAUCAAGGAGAAAGUCCUUCUUGUCCUCACCUCCUUCAGUCUUGUGAGAGUACGAUGUUAUUUGGAGUUGUCCUACCAUUAUUGGAUGAAUUUUUUCUUCUUCUUUUUUUUUAUUAAGGCAUAAUUUACAAACAAAAAAUUCACUUUAUUAAAAAUUUACACUUCAGUGGGUUUUGACAAAUGCAUAUAGUUGUGUAACCACCACCCAAGGCAACAUACAGAAGAAUUCCAUCACCCUGCAAAAUUUCUGGGGCUCCGUUACAGUCAACCUCUAUUCCCACCCGAAUCCUUAGCAACCAUCUGUUUCCCAUCCCUAUGGUUUUGUCUUUUCCAGAUGUGUUUAUUUUUAAAUGUUUAAGGUUUAAAAAUAUAAAAUAUUUCAAAUAUUCAAACAAGUCUAAAAAAUGAAACAAUUGGUACCCCACGUAGCCAUCAGCCUUAAUAAACAUAGGUUGACAUUUUUCCUUUGGAUGUAUUCUUUUUUUUGGUUUGUUUAAAAAAAUAAAACAUUGUAAACACAA